AUGGACUCGCCGAUGAAAGCUGUUGUGACCGUAAAGAAAAAUGCUGAAACUAUUCCUGUCAAAAGGAAAACAUCUUCCUUUUCCUCCUCUGUUUCAACGAAGAAGACGACACUGCCACCAGAAUCUAAAUCUACAGUUAUGUCAAAGCAGUCCAAGAAGCACAAGAUGGAGUAUAAAGCUUGUAAUGAUGGAUCAUAUGAUGACUUUGUUCCGAGUUCAAAAAUAUCUAAGAAACAUAGAGCAGAAGAUUAA